GGCGCGAGUGCGCUACUCUUGAUGUGCAGGCUGGAACCGUCUCUGCAGGAGAUCGGGCGCACACUGACCCACGAGUUCUACCUCCGCGGUACCGGCUUCACGAAAGCGUUCCCGCCAAUCAUAACGUUCGAGCCCCUGGCAGAUCGAGAUGCACCCAUCGAUCGAGAUGAUUUCAUGGUGCAGGUGCGGGGCGACUGACUGCUGGCGGACCGGGCUUUUCAUCGCUGACAGGCGGCGUGUUUUUUCGAUGAGAUUUGGGUUUUGUUUAAUGUUUUUCCUGUCGCGUCGUUGCUGUGUCUAUAAGGCUGAGUCUUACGGCGUGAUGAUUUCGGAGUUUUUUUUUCUCUCGGUCGGGGGGGGUUGUUGUUGUUGUUGUCUUCACAUUAAACCGUAUGUCAGUUGCUAAAUGCCAAAAUCUAGCAAAGACUCUUAGCCCGUGGUCACGAAAGUGCUAGAGCCAUCUGAGGAUCUAAAGAACACGCACACAUGUAACGAGAAAAAGGUAUCCAAGAGCCCGAAGAGGUACACCUAAAAAUCCCUGCAGCACCGUAUUCGUGCCCAAAAACUGACUUGCACGUCCGUCCCACCGUUCGACUACAGUAGCAUCACCCCCUCCCUGUCCCACUCUACAACUGUAUACCAAAACGGAAGAUUGCCGACUACAGCAUACUGCUGUCUGAAGUGCUGUCUG